AUGAUAAGAAGGUACCUGAAGAUAUACCCAUCCAUUUACUACACCAAACAUGUGAAGACGGCCCCCGAAGUGAAUGAGCAUUCCGUCGUGUUGAAAAAAGAUUACGUGUUUAACCAGUAUGGUGGGCAGGAGAUUUUCCUAAACAAUAAGCUGAAGAAGGGACAGGACGAAAAUCAAGUAAAGAGGGUCUACUACUUCAAAUUGUGGAACGCCCUCACCGAGCAGAACUUCACUCUAUUUGAAAAUACCAUUCAGCAGUUUUUAAAUGAGGGGCACAAGUACGAUGAGGUUGUCUACUCGAUUUUGCUCCACUCGUAUGUUCUGAACCAUAGGAGGAAGAAUGAGCAUGCCUACCUCGUGAUCGAAGAAAUGAAGCGCAGCUACAUGCACCCGGCCAUCAUCAAGCUCAACGAGAGGAUGAUCAACUCGUUCCUCGAACUGGAGAUGAUUUUCUGCGAACCGUCCAAGAGCCUCUGGAUGAACGUGUGUCGACUCGCUUGGGAGACUUCCAUAAAGCUCAAUAGAGAGAGAAAGAGGAAACUGAAGGAGAAGCUGAAAUUAAUGCCCCCAAAGGAUGUGUUAACAUUGACGAGGGAGGACUUAAAGCUUAUGCUGAAGAAGGAGUAUGAAGAUGCUUUAUUAGAUAUGGUUGACACGAUGGCGUUGGAGGAGGGGUCUUCAUAUGACCACAUGCUGAUUGGGAAUGACGAAAUGGAUGAUUCGAUUGGAGAAGUAGGGGGAGGCGAAGAGGGCGGAGUUACGCAGAGCACCCACCUUCCGGAGGGACUAAAAUAUCCCCUUUUAGCUCCAUCAGAAAGAGGCAACAAAGGCACUUACGACGAUGAACUGUUUGAUUUUCAUAAUAACUCAGUUGAUGGGAUGCACUACCCAAGGGAUGGCACCGAAAGUGUUAGAGAUUGUUUCUCUUUCUUAUACGGACAGGGCACCGGGGGGGGUGAAGAAGAAGGUGCCUUGGACGAUGGGGAGCUCCAAAGUUUUACGGACGUCGGACGGGAGGACCCGCUCAACGACGACGAAACGGACGACGAAACGGACGACUCGUUUGAGGAUAACGAAGACUUUGACAUUCAGCUUUUGAAAAAGUACUACAAUUUUAAGUAG